UUAAAUUAUUUGAUGAGAUAUCUGAAAGCUAAAAAAUUGGUCAUCAGUUACUGAAAAUAUAAAUUUUAUUAAAUUUAUCAAAUGUUCGUAAAAGACACAAUGUUUUCUUGAUUAAAAUAAGAAGAAAGUAAAAUCUUCCAAUUCAGACAAAGCAGCCUAUGUCUACGUCGCUGUUGUUUUAGUUAAAUGCCGGCGUUAACGUCUACGUUUAACGUAUUGGUCGGUCAGUCGGUCGGUUAAUGUUUGUGCAUUUUAGUUGCAAAAACGGUCAAUAAAGCGUCUUAAGUGUAAAACAAUACAAAAAAAAAAAAAAAAAAACAAAACUGGAUUUGAUUAAAUAUAAUAUAAAAGAUAUUUAAAAAUUAAGAACUUAGAAUCAAAUCUUUAAGUGUGUCUCAUUCACAUCUCACCAUAACUUUUAUCAGCGUGUUUGGAAUGAUAGACCGUUGAGUUCGGCAUAACGCCCACUUAAAAACAAAAUUAGUAACACAUGCGACAUCAUUAUGCGUUUUGCCAUUUUUUAAAUCGUUUUAAUCUUGUGCCAUUAAUGCUAAAAUCAUUAGAGAAGCAAGCAGCAGCAUAACCACCGUUUGUUUUUCAUCAUCAGCAACAAUGAAAUUUUACUAUAACUGCCAAUAGUGAGUGUGUGUCAUCAGCAGCAAUUAAUAUAAAUUUGUAGAAGUCAUUAAAGAAAAAAGAAAAAAAAGCAGCUUCAAAACGAUUCAUCCAUCAUAGAUAAAAGAAAGUAAAAGAAUAAAGUACAAAAGAAAAAUUAUUCAAAAUUUUACCAAAUAUUUUACCGUUACCACCAAAAAUGGCAGAUUUAAUGCGUCUGGGCACACACACGCACACACACAACGUGGAUGUUGUCAUACAAAAAGAUAAACUUGGUUCACCGAACGGUUCAGAUGAUGGCAAUUUAGCUGGUCUUGGUGUUGGUGUUGGUGUCGGCGGUAUGACUAAUUUUGGCGGUAUGAUGGCAACUGGUGGCUUUGAUUUAAAUGAUUUAGCACAAGAAUUGGAUCAAGACGAAUUCGAUGGCCUUAAUAUGAUAAAUGCGACGGCAUUAAACUCUUAAGUGCUGCAUUUGCAUGCAUGAAAAAAUAGAACAUAUCCAAGGAAGCAAGCAAGCCAGUCGAGCAAACUUAUUCAACAACAUAGACAUGUAUUUAAAUAUUCGCAUAGAAAUUAUCAUUGUACUCAUUGUACAUUUAAAAUGUUUGGAAAAGAGAAAAGAAAACAGUUAUAUCAGGUGUAUCAGAUACAUCAGCUAAAUUACUUCUAAUUAUCAUAGAAUGGAAUUGGUUUCCCGGGAAGACGAUUAUGGUUAUUUUGCUGCGAAAUAAAUAAAAAAAACCAAGUGCAGGCAUUAUAGUCCGGCUAGAC